UGUCCAAAAGUCAUACUAAAAAAACCCUCAAGACACAGUUCCCUAUGUGAAGUGGAGUCAUCACUUAAAUAUUUGCCUAUAAAAAAUGCUACCAACCCUCUUCCAUUCCUCAUCUCCAACCAAGUCUCUCAUCUUCAGUUUCAUAUUCUUUGGCUGCUUCAACUUCUUAUUCUGGUGGGACAAAAGUUCAGAAAACAACAUGGAUCCAAACACUGAUGAAAACAGCAACAAGAGAAGCAAACAUGAUGAGAAGAAGAUCAAGGGAACUGUUGUGCUGAUGAAGAAAAGCCUCCUCGACUUCGACGGCCUUAGCCUGCCACUUGUCGAUCGGAUUGAGGAGGUUGUUGGACAAAAGGUCUCCCUGCAGCUCAUCAGUGCUGUCAAUGGUGACCCUGGGAAAGACUUCCGCGGGAAAAUUGGAAAGAAAGCAUAUUUGGAAGACUGGAUUACUAAAAUCACCACUCCAUCUGCGGACGUGUCAUUCAAUGUUACUUUUGAAUGGGAUGAGGAAGUUGGGGUUCCAGGGGCUUUCACUAUAACGAACUCUCACCACAAUGAAUUCUACCUUAAGACUGUCACCCUCGAAGGAGUUCCUGAUCAUGGCCAGAUCCAGUUCAUCUGCAAUUCUUGGGUCUACCCAAAAAAGUAUUAUGAAAAAGACCGUGUGUUCUUCACUAAUCAGACAUAUCUUCCAGGUGAAACACCAGCUCCACUAUGUCACUACAGAGAAGAAGAAUUACUAACCCUGAGAGGAAACGGAACUGGAAAGCUCGAAGAAUGGGAUCGCGUCUAUGACUAUGAUUUAUAUAAUGAUUUGAGUGAACCAGAAACAGAUCUAAAGUACGGCCGCCCAAUUCUUGGAGGAUCUUCUAAGUACCCUUAUCCUCGCAGGGGAAGAACAGGACGACCACCAUUGGAAAAAGAUCCUAGAUAUGAGAGUAGGCUCCCACUUCUUAAGAGCUUAAGCAUUUUCGUCCCAAGAGAUGAACGGUUCAGUCGCUUGAAGCUAUCAGAUCUUGUAGCUUAUGGGUUGAAAUCUGUAUUUCAAUUCCUUCUUCCCGAGUUUGAGGCUCAAUUUGACAAAACCCCUGAAGAAUUUGACAAUCUUGAAGAUGUAAUGAAACUCUAUGACGGAGGAAUCAAGAUACCCGAUUGCCAUUUACUCGAGAGUCUUAGGAAAGAGAUUCCCUUCGAGACACUAAAGGAAAUUCUUCGAACUGAUGGUGAACGGUUCUGUCAUUUUCCAGUGCCACAAGUAAUUGAAGAGGAUAGGUCUGCAUGGAGGACAGAUGAAGAAUUUGCAAGAGAAAUGCUUGCUGGACUAAACCCUGUUGUUAUCCGUCGUCUCCAAGAGUUCCCUCCAAAUAGCAAGCUAAAUCCCAAGGUGUAUAACAACGAGGCCAAUUCAAAGACCAAGGAGAGCAUAGAGAAAAACCUCGAGGGGUUAACUAUUGAUGAGGCACUCAAGAACAAGAAGCUAUUCAUAUUAGAUUACCAUGAUGCUUUGAUGCCAUACUUGAAGCGGAUAAAUUCAACUUCCUCAAAGACAUAUGCCACAAGGACACUCCUCUUCUUGAAAAAUGAUGGAAUUUUGAAGCCAUUGGCAAUUGAAUUGAGCAAGUUCCAAGAGGAAGAUCAAUUACGAGUCCCAGAGGAAGAACAAUUAGGAGAAGAGAGUGUAGUGUACACACCUGUCGAACAUGGUGCUGAAGGUACCAUUUGGCAGUUGGCGAAAGCUUACGUUGCUGUGAAUGACUCUGGCUAUCAUCAACUCAUUUGCCACUGGUUACAUACUCAUGCUGUAAUUGAGCCAUUUGUGAUUGCAACAAAUAGGCAGCUGAGUGUGCUUCACCCAAUUAAUAAGCUUUUGCAUCCUCACUUCCGCGAUACAAUGAACAUCAAUGCACUUGCUCGGCAGGCCCUCAUUAAUGCUGGUGGACUACUUGAGAAAACAGUCUUUCCAUCAAAGUACGCCAUGGAAUGGUCAUCUGCAGCUUAUAAGGACUGGGUUUUUCCAGAGCAAGCACUCCCUGCAGAUCUCAUCAAGAGAGGAGUGGCAGUUGAGGACGCAAAAUCUCCACACGGCGUGCGCCUGCUGAUAGAAGACUACCCUUAUGCUGUCGAUGGGCUGGAGAUCUGGUCAGCAAUCAAAACCUGGGUUGAGGACUAUUGCUCCUUCUACUAUAAGACUGAUGAAAUGGUUCAAAAAGAUACUGAACUUCAAACCUGGUGGAAGGAGCUCCGAGAGAAGGGUCAUGGCGACAAGAAAAACGAACCCUGGUGGCCUAAAAUGCAGGCUCGUGCAGAGCUAGUCGAAGCAUGUACCAUUAUCAUAUGGGUGGCCUCUGCUCUCCAUGCAGCAGUUAAUUUUGGACAGUUCCCUUAUGGAGGCUACCCCCCAAACCGACCAGCCAUGAGUCGCCGUUUCAUUCCCAAAAUAGAAAAUAAAAUUGACUAUGAGGAGCUUGAGAAGAACCCUGACCGGGCUUUCUUGAAAACAGUGACCCCACAGCUGCAGAGCAUUCUUGGCAUUUCCCUCGUAGAGAUUCUGUCAAGGCAUACGGCGGAUGAGGUUUUUCUUGGAAGGAGAGACACACAUGACUGGACAACAGACAAAAAACCAUUAGAAGCCUUUGAGAGAUUUGGAAAGACGCUGACAGAAAUUGAGGCCAGGAUCACAAGGAUGAACGAGGAUGAGAAAAUGAGGAACAGGGUUGGACCAGCACAGGUGCCUUACACUUUGCUAUUUCCAACCAGUGGUGUCGGACUCACCGGCAAGGGAAUUCCUAAUAGUGUCUCAAUCUAAUGGUUUUAAUUUGGAAUGUUUUUUUCCUUAGCAGUGUAGUUUGCCUAAAAAUGCAAUAAGUUUGCAGUAAUAGUGAAGGUAAUAUUUACAGAAAGUUGGGAAAUGUUUCAUUAUCUACAUCAAAAAUUUUAAUUAUCUCAAAAUGUUUCAUUAGGGUAAUCUUUGAUAGGCACAUGUGCAUUAUGUGUACUCUCUAGAAUUACGAUUAAUAUGAUCUGAAUUACGAGUA